AUCGAAAGUUGAAAGCGGCAAAAGCUAUCUGAAUCAUAAGCGGAAGCGUUCUCAGGCACCAAGGCUGCAAACUCAAAAGGCCAGCUGGAAACAUGAAACCAUGGCGCACAAGACCACCGAGGCCGUCCGCAGCGACGAUCUCUCAUCGAUCGAUCCCGCAUCCACCUUCAGUACACAUAACAAUCCCACAGCCUUGCCGCUCAUCUCCUGACCAAAGUCACUCCUUUUCGAAGAGUCAAAUCGCUAUAGUCGCUGCGCAGCACCCAUCUUCGCAGGCGCUCCCUCGUCUCGACCCUCUUCAGCCCUAAUAAAUCUUUCCAUAACUCUCCUAAUAUGGCGACUGAAACCUCCAUGACGAUCCUCGACCUCCUAAUGCUGAUCUUCAGCCUCGCGCUCCUACCCGCCCAAGCAAACGCCCAAUUCGGAUUCUUCGACCAGAUGUUCAAUGGCGGAGGCCAGGGCCCACAGCAGCAGCACCAACAGCACCAGAACGUGAGGAGCGAUAGUGUUUGGUACCAACAACAAUACGAAGCCGCAAGUUGCGACAAAUAUCUCUGCCCCGGCACGCUCAGCUGUGUUCACUUCCCGCACCACUGCCCGUGUGCGUUUCCUGCGAAUGAGGAUAAGGUCGAGCUGGGUGAGGGCAUUGCGGUUUGUGCGAGUAAGGGCGGGUGGAAGGCUGGUGAGGUUGCGAGGAAGAUUGAGCUUGCGCGCAAAGGGCUGCUGUAAAGUGACAGAUUUACGAUUUGGAUAGAGGGGGUUUCUGAAUGACAGGGCAUUUGGGGAGGGGAGGUCAUUCUCGGCGUCUUUGGUUGAGUGUACUUUGGCAGCAUAGGUUUGGCGUGCUGUAGCAGUCAGGUCAAUGAGUUUUGAUAUUACUAUUCCAGAUAUUGUCCCUUUUGCACCAUGAGUCUCGAGGAAUGUCAUGUUGGCGUUGUCUACUCGCUGGUCUGGGUUUAUACCCAAUAUCCGGUUCCAGAGCGACUCCGGUAUUAGUACGUAACUUUGAUUAAUUCUAAGCCCAAUUUGACUGUGAUGCAAU